AUGAGUGAAGAAUUUAUAAGUCAGGAUGAUAGUAAAUCCUAUAAUUCAGAUUACCCAGUCUUUGACAUAGAUCAGAUGUCAGUAAAUUCUGAUAAUUAAAAAGCUAUUCAAUAUUUGUAGAGUGUUAGAGAUGAAGCAAAAUAAGCUCCAAAAUGCACUUAUUAUUAAGAAGGAGAAGAUUUUUAAUUUAAACAAACAGAUCCAAAAUAUUUAAUAUAGCCUAAGGGUUUUUAACUAAAUGGAAAAUGGACUAUGAAUUCAUUGUGGCAAGAGGAUGUCAUAGAAUAAUACUUCAGUUUUAAAAAGGUUUAAAUUUUCCUUCUAUUUUAGAAUAUUGAAUAAUUUAGAAAAUUAGAAUAAAACUCAUAUUAGUUGUUAAAUUAUAAUUUAGAACAAGAAGAGUAAAUUAUAUCUUGUUUAAAAAUGAAAUGUUAAUUUAAGGAAUUAUCAAAAGAUAUUAUUCCAACUCUUUUCACAUUCUAUGCAUUAGAUUAUGAAAUGGCAUCAAAAAUCAUCAAGUGGUUUAGUUUGACUUAAAAAUUUAAUUAUAAUUAAUGUUUAUGGAUUUAUUGUGCUCUAACCCAAUUAGAGGAUCCAUUAAACAGUGAUACAUUGGCUGAUAUCAAUAAAGUUCUUUAAAAUUGUUAUUUUGCCGAAAAUGGUAUGACAAGUAUUUUGAUAACAAUAAUAUAAAUAAUUUUCAAGUAAAAAUAUGCUGACUGAAUUUACAUCCUUCUUUGAUAAUCUCGAAGUUCUACAUAAAAUCAAACAUAUAUGGUCUAAGUUUUAGCUAUCAGUAUAUGAAGUAAAUAAAAAUGUAAAUAACCUAGAAUGAUUCAAUUAUUUUUGAAUCCGUAUGUCAUAAAAUAAGUAGAAAAAGAAAAUAGCUUAAACCAAUCUCAAUCCAAUUAGGAUAAGAAUAGAUGUAUCUUUUUAAAAAUAAAAAUCCACAUGGAAUGCUUCAGUUAACAGUAGUUAUCAUGAGCACAUAUAAAACUGAUUAUGGAAUGGCAUUAAGAUUGUUAAGAAAUGGAUAAUAUGUUGAUAUAAUUACAUAGGAUAUUAAUAUUCUCAAGUAAUUAUUGCAAUUAAAAUGUUUACAAACUACAUUUCAUGAUGAAUUUAGUGUUUCCAAAUUAAUUGGAAAAGGAAGUUUUGCAAAAGUUUACCUAGCAGCUAAGAAAUCUUCUGGAAUCUAAUAUGCAAUAAAAGCAUUUAAUAAAGAAUUCAUGCUUGAAUAAUUCAAAGGGAUGGAAAGUUUAGAAAAUGAGAUCAAGGUCAUGCGUAGAUUAAAUCAAGAAAAUCUUGUACAUUUACAUGAGGCUUAUGAAACAUAAAAUUCAAUCUAUUUUGUUCUAGAUUUAUUAUAAGGAGGUGAAUUAUUAACAAGAGCUAAAACUAAUCCAUUUUCAAGUGAAUGUUUAUAAUAAUUGAUGUACAAUUUUAUUAAGGCACUUGUACAUAUACAUAGCAAGAAGUGUAUUCAUAGAGAUUUAAAACCAGAAAACUUAUUGUUAAAAACUAAAGAAUCAUCUACUGAUGUUGUAAUUGCUGAUUUUGGAUUAGCAACUUUUCUAAAUGAAUAAAUUAUUUUUAAAAGAUGUGGAACUCCUGGAUUUGUUGCACCUGAAAUCUUAAUAUAUAAAGAAGAUGAUCCUUUUUAUGAUGAUAAAUGUGAUAUAUUUAGUGCUGGUGUUAUAUUCUAUAUAUUACUUACUGGCAAACAACCUUUUUAAGGAUCUGAUUAUAAAGUAAUAUUAAGAUCAAAUAAAAAUUGUGAAAUUAAUUUCAAUUUAAAGCAAAUAUAAUAGGUACAUUAAACAUCCAUAAAUUUAGUCUUCAUAAAAAUUAGAAGAUUUACUAAGAAAAAUGCUUCAGUAAAAUCCUAAAGAUAGACCUAAUGCUGAAACAUGUUUAUAGCAUCCCUAUUUCAAAGAGAUAUUUAAUAAAAAAGAUUUAAUUGAAAUUUAUGAAAAUCUCAUUGAAUAUGAAAUUGAAAAUUAACAUAGAUUUUAAAAAAAAGGUAGUUUUGAUAGUUAAAUUGGUUCAAUGGAAUUAAUUAGUAGAUCUCCUAUUCUUAAUGGUCGCAUUGAUACAAUUGGAUCAUUGUCAAAUGGUUCAGUAUUAGGAUCAUCAAGUCGUUUAGAAAAGCCACAACCGCAACAAUAACAAUAAUAAUCUAAAUUUAGUUAAUUUUGUUAAAAUAUGAAGAAUGUUCAACAAGAUUCCAAUAGUAAUUCUCAAGCCUCUCCUUAGAAUAAAAGAAAAGACUCAUAGGACCUUCAUAAAUUUGCAUUGAAAAAUUCUUAUUAGAAAAAACAAUUAAGCAAAGAUGAUGAUUAUGUAAAUGAAGAAUCAGCCAAUUUAGAAGAUGCCAUUUAAAAAUUAAAUUCUUAAACACCUAAAAUUGGUAUAUUUAAAAAGAGUGCUUCCUGUAAGGUACCAAAAACAAUAUAGGAAUGAU